AUGGCUGCCCAUGUCGCCCAGCAGGAGGGCUACCUGCUUGGAGAAGGCCUCCAACACAACGGCAUGGGACAGGGGAACUUCAAAGGUCUCUGCAAGCAAAUCGAUCACUUCCCAGAGGAUGCAGAUUACGAAGCUGACACAGCAGAAUAUUUCCUCCGGGCCGUGAGGGCCUCAAGCAUUUUCCCAAUCCUGAGUGUGAUUCUGCUUUUCAUGGGUGGACUCUGCAUCGCAGCCAGCGAGUUCUACAAGACUCGACACAACAUCAUCCUGAGUGCCGGCAUCUUCUUCGUGUCUGCAGGUCUGAGUAACAUCAUUGGCAUCAUCGUGUAUAUAUCUGCCAAUGCCGGAGACCCCUCCAAGAGCGACUCCAAAAAGAAUAGUUACUCGUACGGCUGGUCCUUCUACUUCGGGGCCCUGUCCUUCAUCAUCGCCGAGAUGGUUGGGGUGCUGGCGGUGCACAUGUUUAUCGACCGGCACAAACAGCUGCGGGCCACCGCCCGCGCCACGGACUACCUCCAGGCCUCCGCCAUCACCCGCAUCCCCAGCUACCGCUACCGCUACCAGCGCCGAAGCCGCUCCAGCUCCCGCUCCACCGAGCCCUCACACUCCAGGGACGCCUCCCCCGUGGGCAUCAAGGGUUUCAACACCCUGCCGUCCACGGAGAUCUCCAUGUACACCCUCAGCAGGGACCCCCUGAAGGCCGCCACCACGCCCACCGCCACCUACAACUCCGACAGGGAUAACAGCUUCCUCCAAGUCCACAACUGUAUCCAGAAGGAGAACAAAGACUCUCUCCACUCCAACACAGCCAACCGCCGGACCACCCCCGUAUGA